UUCCUCCUGACUUGGCUAUUUAAUUCAGGCCACACCCUGCGUUAAAUUCAACACAUUAGAAGACAGCAGUUACUCCUGCAUGAUGUCUCCUGCGAAAUUCUCUUUAAUCACCAUUGUAGUUCUUGCAGGAAUCAUAGACUGUGAAAGAUUGGGAGCUAUGUAUAGUUUAUUAGAUACCUUCAAUGUGAGGGUUAUGGGUUCCGGGAAUGCUACUCUAGUUUUCUCACAUGGGUAUGGAACAGAUCAGUCUGUUUGGCAGAAGAUUUUACCAUACUACAUGGAAAAAGAUUUCAAGGUCAUAUUAUUUGAUCUAGCGUUUGCAGGGGCUGUGAAUUGUUCUAAUUUUGAUUUCAACAGAUAUAGAUCUUUUGAUGGAUAUGCUUAUGAUGUCUUGCAUAUUCUUGAUGAACUCAAUGUUGAUGAAUGUGUGUUUGUGGGUCAUUCCAUGUCUGCCAUGAUUGGUUCUAUUGCUGCUAUCAAGAGACCGACCUUGUUUAAGCAGUUGAUACUAUUGGAAGGCUCUCCAAGGUAUUUGAAGGCUCCUGGAUAUGUAGGUGGUCUUGAUCAGUCAGCCGUAGAUCAGCUGUUGCAUGCCCUGAAAUCAAAUUACACUGCAUUUGCUACUGGAUUUGCCCCCACAGCAGUGGGUUCCCAGUUUCAUGAUGCAAUUGAUAUGUUCAGGAAAACUCUACUGGCAAUGAGAAGAAAGAUUGCUUAUUUUGUAGUUAAACAAGUGUUUGAGAGUGAUGAGAGGAGCAUCCUAAGAAGAGUCAAAGUGCCAUGCCUCAUUAUUCAAAGCAAGAAUGAUUCUAUAGUUCCUCUUUCUGUUGCAGAGUACCUGGAAAAACACCUUGGGGGAAAGAAACGGCUUGAAAUACUGCAAACUCAUGGACAUCUUCCACAGCUCACUGCUCCUGAUCUUCUUAUUAGGGCACUUUCACAUCAUCUAAUCUGAUUUACAUUCUAAGAAACUAGAACUAUAAGCCAUAAAAUACUACACAUUGAAGAUUAUAAUUUGUGGCUUAUGUAAACGGUAUGGGUAGUUAAGUUUUUUUUUUAUGUUGCAACUGAUACAUGUAGGCUGUAUCUUAUGUCAGAAUGAAAGCUUGCCAUGAAUUGAAAU